GUGGGGAGAGGCGGGCGAAAGCGGGUGAGGGUGGUGUCGCUCGGCACGGCCUGGCCCGGCCCGCUGCAGGGGAGAGGCAGCUCCCCGGCUUCCCGCCCUUCGGGGCGGGUGUGAGGAGAUGACGGCGGAGCGAUCCGGGUCUCAGCUGCUGCCGCUGUCCCUUUGGCAAGGUACAGGCGGUGUGAGCUGCCCUAGCCCAUCCUCCCUCCCUACUCCCGGGCUCUUCAGUUGCACCUCACUCUGCAGGGGACGCAGAAGGUCCUUCAGGCAGGGAGCUCCCUGAGUGGGAGAGCAAUGACAAUCUUUGCAAACUGUGUGUUCUUUAUUAAAGUGAAGUACUUAUCCAUUCAGAAGAAGAACAGCCUGAAAGCAUGCAUAAAAGAAAAUGGUGGAUUAAUUAAUUUUGUGCUUAAUCACAAGUGUACGCAUGUUCUUGUGGAUAAUGCCAAUGUCCUCAGUCGUCAUGAUCUAAAAAUUACUCAGAAAUAUCAGCUGCCUGUUUUAUAUGCAGAUUUUGUCUGGAAAUCAGUUGAAAAUGGGAAGCUUUUAAUAACUGAUGCAUAUGAGGUUAAUCAAUCACAAGGCAACAUUUCUAACCAAUGGCCAGGUGGACACGGUUUGGAAGACCUGUCAUCUUCUGAAAAUAAAAUUGCCACAAAUCAAAAUGAAAGCAGUGACUCCAAUCUUACUGUUACAGGAGAAAGUGAUGAGAGAAUUGAAUUCAAAGUGGGAAAUCUCAGAUUUUACAGUGAAAAUGCUCCUGUUUUUCCUCAAGAUUUUGAAGUUGCAAAAUACAAUGUCCUUGAAAAAAUUAACUCCAAGGAAAGCAAAGAUUUUGUAGUUGUUGAAUUACAUUGUUCUCAAGAGCAGUAUGAGUUUCUCUUUCGAUUAUAUGUACAUUUCAGUGCUUCAAAUGGAACCAAGAAAAAUAAACAAUUCAUAAUAAAUAAGACUGCUGAAGAAAUAAGAGAAAAUUAUGAUAUUCUUGUUGCAAACCUGAAGAGCCAGGAUUUCCUGCUCAGAGAAACUUUUCCACCAGAAGCAGAAUGUUUAGCUUCCACAAAAUUACAAAAGUUACUUUUAGAAGAAUCCAUAAAUUCAAGUGCUAUAUGUCAGAAAGUUAGUGAUUUUGUGGAGUUGAUCUGGGCAGAAGCUCUUGGCCACCUGGACAGUCUACUGCUUGAAUCAGUAAACAACAUAAGCCUAAAUGAUGUGAGCAAAGCAGAAGGUAUUUUGCUUCAGGUAAAGAAUGCACUGAAUGAGGGAGCUGAUGAGGCAGCACUACAAGAGAUGAUGAUGGAAUUCUAUCGGCUUAUACGUCACAAAACUGAAAUAGACUAUGAAGUUUCCAAAAGGCUGUUAUCUAGGAAACAGGACCUGUGCCAGAUCAUGCGAGACAUGCUUAAUAUACGGGAAACAAGUAUGUCAUGCCCAAACCCAUCAUCUUUGGCCAAAUACCAGGCCCUGAGGUGCAAGAUUGAUGCUGUUGAUCCAAUGAGUGGCGAAUUUCUCAGUGUCAAAAAACAAGUGUUAAAAAACAAUUACAAUGGCUGUUCAGUGAGAAUUUUGCAAGUCUACAGGAUUGGCAGAGUAAGUGAAACAGCAGAAUUUCUGGGCAGUCUUGGAAAUGUUCGGUCUUUAUUCCAUGCAUCAUCUGUACGCAAUUUCAUGGGAAUUCUUUCCAGAGGACUCUUAAUGCCAAAAGUGGUUGUUGAAGAUCAUGGUGUGGAAAGAACUGACAUUGGGAAUCUGGGAAGUGGCAUUUACUUCAGUGAUUCUAUUAGUGCCAGUAUUAAGUAUUCUUCACCCGGUGAAAUGGAUGGAACCCGACUCCUGGCAGUUUGUGAUGUGGCACUUGGGUCCUGCUUAGAUUUGUAUGAACGAGAUUUUUCAUUAAAUGCUGCACCAUCAGGUUACAACAGCGUACAUGGAGUCCGUAAAACAGCAGGCAUCUCUUCAGACUUUGAGGAUGAUGAAUUUGUUGUGUACAAAACCACACAGGUUAAAAUUAGAUAUGUUGUUAAGUUUUGCCUUGCUGAAGAUCAAAUAAAACAGUUUCAGCCUGGAACUAGGGUGGAAAUUGAGCAAGAUAACACUGAGUCGGAGUCACAAUGUCAUUUACAGAGUGAGAGCUAUGAAUUACCCAGAGCAGAUAUUUCAAACACAGUUAAAACUGGUCUUCAAGACAGACUGGGAAAUCCUGUUCCUCUGGAAAGCGUUCACAUCAAGGCAAGGAUAAUAGACUUUGUAGCACAGGUAGUGAUGUUUCAGACCUACACCAAUCAAAACAGUAGUCCAAUUGAAGCGAAGUAUGUUUUUCCAUUGGAUGAUAAAGCUGCUGUUUGUGGAUUUGAAGCUUUUGUCAAUGGAACACACAUCAUUGGGCAGGUUAAAGAAAAGAAAGAAGCACAUAGAGAAUAUCGCAAAGCUAUUAGUCAAGGUGACGGCGCUUAUCUAAUGGACCAGGAUGCACCGGAUAUUUUUGUAAUAACUGUUGGAAAUAUACAUCCAAACUCUACGGUACUGAUCAAAAUCACCUAUAUCACGGAACUGAGUUGCCAGAACGGUUGUAUCACCUUUCAUAUGCCUGCUUCUGUGUCACCAUGGCAACAGGACAAAGCAUUGAAUGAAAACACACAGGAUACAGUAAAAAAGAUUUGUGUUAAACAAGUAGAAACACUGAAAAAUGGAUUCUCCUUGGAUAUGUCUAUUGAGAUGCUGUAUAGCAUUGAACGCCUACAUAGUUGGACACAUAAACUUAAAAUAAAGAAAACAGAAUGCAAGGCUGUAAUUAAGACCAGAGAAAACAGUUAUUUGGACAGUAGUGGCUUUGGUCUGGAUAUAUGGAUUUCCCAUGCCUAUCUACCCCGAAUGUGGGUAGAGAAGCAUCCCAACAAAAAUAGUGAGGCUUGCAUGCUUGUAUUCCAACCAGAGUUUGAAGCAGCAUUUGAUGAAGAGCAGCUGUCCAGUGAAAUUAUUAUUUUACUAGAUUGCUCAAAUUCUAUGGCAGGAUCAACUCUAUUGCAAGCAAAGCAGAUUGCUUUACAUGCUUUAAAACAGCUUAGUUCCAGACAAAAUGUAAAUGUAAUCAAAUUUGGCACAAAUUUCUCAGAAUUUUCUUCAUUUUCAAAGAACACCGUAAAGGAUUUGGCGUCACUAACUGAGUUUAUUACAUCUGCUACAGCAACGUUGGGAAACACUGAUUUAUGGAAGACCUUGCGUUACUUAAGUUUACUAUUUCCUUCUCAAGGACAUCGUAACAUUCUUCUUAUAUCCGAUGGACACAUUCAGAAUGAGAGUGUGACCUUCCAGCUUGUGAAAGAUAAUGUCCACCAUACAAGGUUAUUUACAUGUGGUGUUGGUUCCACAGCAAAUCGACACAUGCUGAGAUCUUUGUCCCAGUAUGGAGCUGGAGCAUUUGAAUACUUUGACUCAAAAUCAAAGUACAACUGGGAGACAAAGAUACAGAGCCAGGUGUCUAGAAUAUUUUCUCCAGGAUGCAGUUCUGUUUCUAUUAAAUGGCAACAGUUUGAUAUAAAUGCACCAAAGCCAAUGCAGGCUCCUGCUCAAAUACAGUCUUUGUUUACCAAUGAGAGGCUUCUCGUCUAUGGAUUUGUCCCUCACUGUACUCAGGCCACCUUAAGAGCGAUAAUAAAUGACCGAGAACUACAAACUGUGGUGUCAACUACUGAAUUACAGAAGACAACAGGAACAGUGCUACACAAACUCACAGCGAGAGCUUUCAUUAGGGACUAUGAGGAUGGUAUUCUUCAUGAGAAUGAAACAGAACAUGAGAUGAAGAAGCAAAUCUUGAAAAACAUGAUUAUACAUCUCAGCUUGGAGAACUCAAUUAUAACCCAGUUUACAAGCUUCAUUGCGGUUGAGAAGAGGGAUGCUAAUGAAAUUUGUUCUGCUGAUGUUCCAAACAUCCUGGAAAUUAUAGCUCAGGAAGAUGUUGAUUUUUUACCUUACAUGGACUGGGAACAAGAGCCAAUGGGAUCUGGCAGCUUAUUUUCAGAAGAUAAUUACGUGAUACCUCCAUUUGAUGAUGGUGAGGGAGAAUCUAAUGCUUGGUCAGAUGGUUUCGCAGCUAAGAGAUGUGAAACUGGAGAUUUCCAAUUUCAACUUCAAGAAAUUCCUGUUAUUGGAAAAAGAACCUCACGGAAAGCCACACCAGUGAGCUUUGGACUUUUUUCUGAAAGUGAAAGCAAUACGUGCAGUCUCAAAUCAAAUUUCAGUUUUGAUAAUGGCAUCACAAAGGCAGAAUGUUCAAGAACAAUGUCAUCUUCAUCAUGCAAACCUCAUGUGAUGAAUUAUUGCAAGACUACUUCAUUAUUUGGCUCUGGACUAGAAGCAGGAGGAGAAGCUUUUAUGACUCAAAAAUAUUCACUUCCAACACCUGCACUUCCUGCUUAUGUGAGUGCUCCUGUACCUCCCCCUUCUUGUUCUCUUCAAAGUCUGUUCGGAGGCACGAAAUAUGAUUUUUCUUGUGUUGAUCGCACACCGAAUAUACUAGUGGUUGGUUCAUCUUCAUGCACAUACUCUUCUGAUAAGACUGAUGUUGAAAAACAAGUUACUCACAAUUCUCCUGUUCUCCAACAUUUAAAAAAAACAAAAUCAAAACCAAGGUGUAAGAAGAAAAUGUUAGUAGGUCUGCACGGUGCUACAGCUUCUGAACAAGAAUUUCCUGGGAGAGCUGAAGAUUUGGCAACUUUUAAAUGGAGAAAAAGUGCCUCACUAACUACAACAGAGAUAGAAAGAAGUCAACAGAAACUUGAGUUUACUUCUGUCAGCUGGGAAGAAAUUUUUGAUCUCCAAAAUCAGGAUGGCUCUUGGGAUCUCAGUCCACAGUUGGGAAAAAUCUUGAAAUUUGAUGUUGAUUAUUUAAUUAACCAUUUCCUUAUUAGAAAAGGCAUUCAGUCACUUGGCACAAAUGGAAAAGAAAAGCUACUGAAGUUGAUUGCUACUCUUCUUGUGCUACAGUUCAUACGCUGUGCAAAGGAACUGCAAGGGAUAGUCUUCAAAUCGCUGAUGAAACUGGAUAAUUUAACAACUUCAAGCAGCGUUCACUGGGCUUUUGAGUCCGUCAAGAAAGCAACUGAGUGGGUAAAAAGAGUUGAGGGACAAUUUCCAGCGAUUUGCUAUCGACUCGAACUUGGGAAAGACUGGGAUUCUGCCACCAAGAAGAUACUGGGGAUCAAGUGUAACUAACAGCAGUUCUUCUACUAAAAUACUUCAUAAUUGUAAUUGCUUAAGAUAAUAGCAAUGUUAGCUUUUCUUGCUCUUCUACAUGUUUAAAUUGAUUUCACCUUAUAUUAUUCUUGAAUAAUUUUCAUAGUCGGACAAAUUAAUGGCAUGGAAAUAAAGGAUCUUCCAGUUAGUAAGUCUUCGCUUUACACGUGUAGCAUUUGACUUACUUCCUCCCGUUAAAAACACCUAUUUCAUUAUUUGCCAUAGACCUCUGGUUCAUUGCAUACUCCUAGUACUUUUACAGUAUCUUUGUUGUUUUUAUUUCUUCUAAAAUCUUCUUCUUUAAUGGCACUGUUAGUAACGUGUGUUGCAGUAACUGGGCUCAGCGCCGUGGUGUAUGUACUGACAGACAGCAGUGUGCUUAGCAAAGACCUAAUAAACACCUUCACAACA